AAGAUAUGUAUAAACUUUAUACACGUAUAACUUUUAAAGUAAUGAUCUUCAUACCUUAAACCUAACAUUUUUGGAUUUUAUUUAUGAAAAGUAAAAAUCAUAUAAUAUAAAAAAAGGGUCAGAAAUUCGAUAUUUAUAAAAGACAAAGUUCAGGGAAAAUAUAUAAUUCAUAUUCAUUCAUUCAUAAUAAAAAUAAUAAUAUAAAAUUAAGACGAAAUAUUUGCUUUGCUUGAAUGUAACUUGUAACAGCUUAUAAAUUGCAUGUGAUUACAAUUUCAGCGCUGUGAUUACAUUAGGUUAGUGAUCUUCGUAUUGUAAAACUGGAUUUUACUUAUUAAAAACUAUGAGAAGAAAAUAGGUUAAAAAUUUGACGCAUUCCAAAAUAAGUUUAACCUCAAUAUUUUUUUGAAGAAUGUUAAAAUAUAUCGUGCCUUUGCUGUUAUAUUCUGUUCAACCGUGAUUGCUUUUUGAGGUUAGAAAAAGACAACAAACUCCAUACAUUAAAGUGAAAAAUAUAUCAAAACAUUUUGUAAUUUUAGCAAAAUUGAAAUUAAUUUAAAUGAUAUAAAAAUGUUUUCAUAUGUUCGUCAAACAUCAGUGCAAUUGUACAAUUGCAUACAGUAUACAAUUAUUAGAAAUGCAUCUACUAUUACUACUAACAAAAAGUUUAACAACUAUUGGCAACAUGUACUGAAUAAUUGUGAAAAUGCAUUAACACAAUCUAGUACUAUAUCAAAAGAAACAUGGGAAUGUGUAAGAAAACGUAUACAAAUACAAUGCAAUUCAUCCAAUUAUGAUUUUAUUAUUCUAGACAUGUUUCAACAUAUGAAUUAUCCAGAUGCUGGAAUAUCUUAUUAUAAAUUUUUAGUAGAUAAUAAUUAUAAACCUCCAGUCUCGGUUACUAUUAAAUAUUUGGAGUUGUAUAAGAUAAAAGAAGAUCCAAUAUUAGAAUCAGAUAAAGAAUAUAUUUUAAGUUUGUACAAUGAUAUUAGUAAUCAGUAUACUUCAUUUAAUGCAGAGCUCAGUACUGUUUUUAUUGGCUGCUUAUGUAAAAUUGGCAAGUGGGAAGAAGCUAUUAAAAUUAUAGAAAAAUACGAAAAAGAUGAUAUACUUUUGCUUCGACAGGGAUAUACUAGCUUAAUUUCAUAUUUUUUUAAUCAUGAAAAAGAAAAUUUGGGAUAUGAAUAUCUAGAGCGUAGCCUACAAAAAGGCAAAGGGCCUUUUGGCACUGCAUAUAAUUCAUAUUUAUAUUAUUGUUUAAAAGAAAAAGACACAUUUAAUACAAAAGUUGAGAAGUUAUUUCUACUAUGGAAUGCAUAUGGUGUUAAACCUAGUGAAGUCACUGCAUUUAUGUAUAUGAAUGCAUGUAUCGAACAUGGUUGGUCUGUCAGUAAAACUGUAGUGUCAAGAUCAAGGUGUCAAAAGUGUAAGAAAACCAUUUCACAACAAAGAUUAUCUGACAAGGACUACGAGCGUUUAUUGGAAGCUACAAAGGAACGUUUGAUCUUCAAUAAGAUGUAUUAUGUAACUCAUCCGCAAGAGAUACAAUCGUAUAUAAAUUUUAUUGAUAAAAAUAAACCAUAUGACCUUAUCGUAGACGGAUUAAAUAUUAUGUAUAUUGCGAAAAACGAUAUCACACAGAAAAAAUUACGUGAAUUCAUACAGAUUAUUAAAUCUUAUAAAGAGCAGAAUAAAAAAGUAUUAGUCAUUGGAAGAAGACAUAUGAAGAAGUUUGUAGCCAAAACAGGUCUGCAAGAUGCAGAUUGUUUCUUUGUUGAAGAUGACUCAAAAGAUGAUUUAUUUCUAUUAUAUGCGGCAUUUGCGAGUGGAGAAAAUGCUAGAAUUAUUUCUAGGGACUUGCUGCGUCAACAUGUAUUUGCUUUGCACGACAUUGAGUUAAAUGUUCUCUUUAAAAAAUGGCAGUUAUCGCAUCAAUUUUUUGUUGAUCAGUGGAAGGGUUACAUUCAGUUAAAUGCACUGAAACCUAUUGAUGCGAUCGUUCAAAAGCAAAAUAAUACUUGGCAUAUACCGUAUGUCACCAAUGAGGAAAGUAGAAAGAGGCAUACAUGUAACUAUAGCUGGUUGUGCUUCGAAAUACGCUAAUAAAAUUAUAUGUGCAUAUUUCUGUAAAAAUUGUUGAGAUUAUAUUUAUUUCGUAAAAAUAAUAGAUGACUUCUUUUUUAGUACAUUCACAUUUACAUAAAUAUGAAAAUGUGCAUAUAUUAAACAGGCGGAGUUAUGCUUGAUACUGCGUAAAAUGUCAUAAUAUAUAUGUAUAAUGCAUUACGUAUUUUCUUUUAAAUUUAUUUUAUAAAUAUAUAUAUUAUGCGAAUUUUUUACUUUUCUUAUCUAAUUCAUUAACAGGAUUACACAGUCGAUAACAAAAUGUUUCUGUUGUACGAAAAUGUACUACCAGAUGGCGCAUAAUGCGUCACUAGAUGUACAAUAAAAUUCGUGUCAUACAUUCCA